AUGGAUUCAACGAUCUCAUUCAGUGGGGCCAAUUAUGGAGCAGAGAUAGGCGUUAACUACGGUUCGGUCACGAACGAGUUUCAUCAUCAAUUAGACCUUGAUGACAAGCUCUCCCCUGUACCCGGGGCUGCGUUCGACUCAUACGAAAAUCAGCAUGAAGAUCAAUGUCUUCCAGGCACACGAACCGAUAUCAUCGAUCAAAUCACUGAAUGGGCCUCGUCCCCAAAUGCCAGGUGCAUAUUAUGGUUGAACGGAAUAGCGGGAACAGGAAAAUCCACCAUUUCACAAACAAUGGCAAGAAAUUUCAGCAACUCUAAGUCACUUGGAGCAAGCUUUUUCUUUAAAAGAGGCGAAGCGGAUCGCGGGAAUGCAAGAAAGCUAUUCCCGACAAUCGCAAGGCAAUUAGCGAUUACUAUUCCUAUGAUAGAUCCAGCCCUCCAGCAAAUAGCCCACGAUAACCCGGGUAUUACAACAAAGACGAUGCGGGAGCAAUUUGAAAAACUCCUCCUUCAGCCACUCCAGAGCCUUGAGCGAAACCCUGCCGCUAUCAAGGCCAUGGUGAUAGUGAUUGACGCAUUGGACGAAUGCGAAGGAGAUAGUGACAUUCGACUUAUACUCCAACUUCUCCCACAGCUAAAGAACAUAGCGGCAAUUCAUUUACGAGUGCUCUUGACGAGUAGGCUCGAUCUACCGAUUCGUUUAGGUUUUUCGAGAAUUCCAAGCCAUGACCACAAAGACCUGAUUCUCCAUGACAUCCCUAUAGAAGUGAUCGAGCAUGAUAUAUCAUUGUUUUUUGAAUAUCGACUUGCGGGGAUCAGGAUUGAACGGUCCCUCCCAACAGACUGGCCUGGAGAGAAAAAUCUCCAAAAACUAGUGGCAUUAUCCGUUCCGCUCUUUAUAUUCGCGGCCACGAUCUGCCGUAUAUUUGAGAACCCAGAUUGGGACCCAACUGACAGUCUCACCGAGAUCCUUACACAUCAAAACGACCAAUCAAAGCUAGAUAGGACUUAUCUUCCGGUUCUUGAUCGUCUUCUCAGUAGACAAUGCGAGAAGCAAAAAGCAAAACUAGUCUCGGAGUUCCGGCAGGUGAUCGGUGGUAUUAUGAUGCUAGAGAGCCCACUGUCAAUGGUCUCGCUCGCAAAGCUCCUUGAGCUUCCUGAGAGACUUGUUCGCCUUCGACUCGAUCCACUGCGCUCGGUGCUUAGAGUGCCAAAUGAUGAUACAGUCCCCGUUCGGCUCUUCCACCUGUCAUUUCGGGACUUUCUUCUUGAUCCAGAAACGCGCAAAAAAACUCCCUUUGGGAUAAGUGAGACUGAGAUGCAUUAUAGCUUGGCCAGACAAUGUCUGCUUUUGUGUCAGACUCUUCGCAAAAAUAUCUGUCGACUACCGAGCGAUGGAUUCGAACGUGCAGAACUUGACCGUCGGACUAUCGAUGCCUACCUUCCUCCAGAGUUGCAGUACGCCUGUCGAUACUGGGCAUAUCAUUUAGUCAAAUGCACAGACUCGGAUAAUAUGAUGUAUAGUGCGCUGUUGUUUCUCCAGAGGCAUGUUCUGAAGAAACACUUUCUACACUGGGUGGAAGCAAUGAGCUUACUAGGCCUUACGUCUGAAAUACUAGGUAUCCUUGAUGACCUCCAAACGGCCAUAUCGGGCAACAACUCUUCCCCAAUUUCGCAUUUUCUUCACGAUGCAAAGCGAUUUAUUGUGAAAAAUUUCCAGAUAGUUGAUCAAGCGCCUCUUCAAGUUUAUUGUGCGGGACUUAUAUUUGCACCCCACACGGCAAUAAUCCGUAGAGAGUUCAAACAAGAACUUCCAACUUGGGUAUGCCAGCUACCACGAGUUGAGGAAAGAUGGAGUGCCGAAUUACAGACUCUCGAAGGUCAUUCAAGUCGGGUUCGGUCAGUCACUUUCUCGCCCGAUGGUCGGCUACUAGCGUCUAGCUCUCAUGAUAGCACAGUUCGACUUUGGGACCCCACGACAGGUGCACUUACCCAGAAGCUCGAAGGUCAUUCAGGUUCGGUUCUGUCGGUGGCCUUUUCGUUUGACGGCCGGAUGCUGGCAUCGGGCUCUGACGAUAAGACAGUACGGAUCUGGGACCCGUUAACAGGUGCCCCUGUCCAGACGCCUAAAUACCAUCCGAUGUGGGUUUUGUCGGUGACCUUCUCGCCAGAUGGCCGGCUCCUAGCAUCCGGCUCUCUUGAUAAGAUAGUACGACUCUGGGAUCCGGCGACAGGCGCACUCACCCAGACGCUUGAAGGUCAUUUAGGUUCGGUUGCGGCGUUAGCAUUCUCGUCUGACGGCCGGCUGCUGGCAUCGGGCUCUGACGAUAAGACAGUACGAAUCUGGGACCCGUUGACAGGUGCGCUUAUCCAAAAUCUCGACGGCCAUCCAAAGUGGGUUUGGUCAGUGGCCUUCUCGCCAGAUGACCGGCUACUGGCGUCGGGCACGGGUGAUCAGAUAGUGCGGCUCUGGAACUUGGCAACAGGCGCACUCACCCAGACGCUUGAAGGUCAUUCAGGUCCGGUUGUGGCGGUGGCCUUCUCGCCUAAAGGCCAGCUGCUUGCGUCCGGCUCCAGUGAUAAAACAGUGCGGCUCUGGGACCUGGUGACAGGCGCACUUAUCCAGACGCUCGAAGGCCAUUAG